GGCGGAAGUGGGCGGGGCUGGCCGUGCGCGGGAAGCCGGGGUGCGGCGGCAGCCGGCCAUUCCCCUCCUCCUUCCCCUCCGUGCUGCCUCUCGCCCCCAGGCCCGCCGGCGGGGUAGAUGGAGUUCUCCAGCGGCCGAGCGAGGCUGAAGCAGGGGCGGCUGGCAGGGGACCGGCGGGAGCUGUACCCUCACAGCCUGCAGUUCUACCUGGAGCCCCCCACGGAAAACAUCUCGCUGGUGGAGUUUGAGAGCUUUGCCAUCGACCGCCUGAAGCUGCUCAAAGUAGUUGAAAACCUUGGUGUCAGCCACGUAAGAGGUAGUGAUACAUACAAAACUAAGCUGGAGAGUGAGCUCCGGAAACUUAAGUUUCCCUACAAAGCUUUAGCUGAGGAUGAUUACGAGGCAAGAAGAAAAGACCAUAUCUCUCAUUUCAUACUGCGCCUUGCUUACUGUCAGUCUGAGGAGCUCAGGCGUUGGUUUCUUCAACAAGAAAUGGAUCUCUUACGCUAUCGCUUCAAUGAACUGACUGACGGUUUAAGGCAGAAAUUUCUGGAACAUGUUAACUUAUCUUUUGAAGCUAUUAGCGAAGACCUGAAAAGCGAAUUGGCAAAUGAGUUGUGUGCAUCAACCCCUGGCCUCGGCAUGAUUAAAGUAAAAGAGCAAAUGUUCUAUAAGGUUGGACUAGCAGAUGCUGUGGAUCUAUUUAGAGCCAGAAGAGUGUUUAUUAAAGAUGGAUUUGCAUAUGUGCCACUUAAGGAGAUUGAUGCUAUUGUUUUGAAUAAUUAUAGAACAAAGUUAUCUAAAGCACUGGCGCUGACAGCACGAUCGCUGCCUUCUGUACAGUCUGACGAGAGACUACAACCUCUGCUUAAUCAUCUCAGCCAUUCUUAUGUUGGCCCAGAUUACAGCGUGCAAAAGAACACUGGAAAAAUUUCUCUAGAACAGAUUGAUGCUCUUUCUGUGAAAUCAUACCCUCUUUGCAUGCGUCAGUUGCACAAAGCCCUACGUGAUAACCAUCAUCUCCGUCACGGAGGCCGUAUGCAGUAUGGACUGUUCUUAAAAGGCAUCGGCUUGACUCUGGAACAGGCACUGGAAUUUUGGAAGAAAGAAUUUAUCAGAGGAAAAGUGGAUGCAGACAAGUUUGACAAAGGAUAUGCUUACAGCAUUCGCCACAGCUAUGGGAAAGAAGGAAAGAGAACUGAUUAUACCCCAUACAGCUGCAUGAAGAUUAUCAUGUCCAAUCCACCAAGCCAAGGGGAUUAUCAUGGUUGCCCAUUCCGCCACAGUGAUCCUGAGCUAUUGAAGCAGAAGCUUCAGUCAUACAAGAUCCCUCCCAGUGGAAUAACCCAGAUCCUGGAACUGGUGAAGGGCAUGCAUUACCAGCUGGCCUGUCAGAAGUACUUCGAGUUGACGCACGAUGUUGAUGACAUUGGGUUUUCUUUGAAUCAUCCUAAUCAGUAUUUUGCAGAGAGUCAAAGGCUAUUAAGUGGUGGUAGAGAACUGAAGAAGGAACUGAGUAAUUCAGGAAACUCUCAACAAAAAAGUAAUAGUCAGGAAAGCAUGAAUUCAAGUUCUACUCCCACCUCUUCAAAUACAACAGCUGAUGCAGAACUGGAGGGACUGGAGGCAUACUUCACUGAAGACUAAGCAGCUGUUUGUGGGUUUUGGUUGGUUCUUUUGGGUUUUUUUUGUUUUUGUUGUUUUUUCUGUUUCUUUCCCUUCGUUAGCUGAAUUUGUCCCUAUUGUAAGAAAUAUGCACUUUACUACCUGGAAGACGCAGGCGUUUAGUGCUUUGAAUAGGGCUGAAGAAAAGAAAGAUAGAUACUGAGGCUGUAAUUGCAUCCAAUACUUAUUCUCGCUGCUUUAGGAUACUGUUUUAUAUGACAUGUUGAAAGUUCCUUCCCAAUUGUGAGGUAAUUUUUGUUUAACUUACCUUACUUGUUUUCCUUCAAAAUGUUUAAAUAUUUUUAUCCCAUUUUGUGGUCACUUUUAUAUGUUUCUUCUUAAUAAAUAAAUUGCAAAGCAAAAGUUUGUGGUAUUUUAUUUUUACCUGUAUUUGGGUGGUAAUUAAGUAGGAGCUCUUAGGAUCAAAAUUGCCCUCUGGAGGAGUCUGUCUGUCCCUUUCCUGCUUAACCAACAUGAUCUCUUUCUAUGACCAUGUGACCCCCCUUCUGGACGUGGGGAAGGCUGUGGACGUUGUCUGUCUGGACUUUGGUAAGGCCUUUGACACCGUCCCCCACAGCAUUCUCCUGGAGAAGCUGGCGAAUCAUGGCAUAGACAAGUGUGCUCUUCGCUGGGUUAAAAACUGGCUGGUUGGCCAUGCCCAGAGAGUUGUGAUUAAUGGGGUGAAAUCCUCUUGGCGGCCGGU